CUCAUAGUCCUUAUUCGCAAUUUGUACAUUGUUGGGUGUUGAGUGAAUAAUAGCAGUUUUUCUGGGAAUUGUUUAAAAUUAUCAAUAUAUUAUCUUAAUUACGUUAUUAAAUAUAUUUGCGAUCAAAAUAUUCAUUUUUAAAUAUAUAGAUAUAACAAAGCAAGAAUUAACGUAUUAUAAUUAUUAUCUCCAUUGUGUUUUCAUUGUCUCCGUCUAUUGUUAAAAAUGCCAAUUUUAUUUAGUGUGGUUGCUCGUGGGACAGUAGUAUUGGCAAAAUAUGCAACGUGUGCCGGAAAUUUCACCGAAGUUACAGAACAAAUACUAUCGAAAAUUCCGCCCCACGAUGACAAACUUACCUACUCUCACGGAAAUUACCUCUUUCAUUACAUUGCUGAAAACAAGCUUGUAUAUUUCUGCAUUACCGACGACAAAUUCCAACGUUCGAGAGCAUUCCUAUUUCUAAACGAGAUCAAAAGGCGAUUUAUAACAUCAUUUGGGGACACAGCGCAAACCGCUAUACCAUAUGCAAUGAACAGUGAAUUCGCUAGAAUCCUUGCAACAGAAAUGAAGCACUACAGUGACUCGAAAGAUCUAGAAGCCAUAUCCAGAGUACACGGAGAGCUGGAUGAGCUUAAAAAUAUCAUGGUCAAAAACAUAGAUAGCAUGGCAAUGCGAGGUGAAAAACUGGAGUUGCUCGUUAACAAGGCGGAUAAUCUGGCCACCAGCUCUGUAUCAUAUCGAACGUCAGCGAGGACGUUGCAGCGCUCGUUGUUCUGGAAAAACAUGAAGAUGUACUUCAUCCUAGCGGUGAUAGCUGCGUUCGCAAUAUAUUUGAUAGGAGCCAUGGCGUGCGGCGGACUGGCCUGGAAAUCGUGUGUCGCUUAAAAUAUAACGAUAACCAACAAACAGUUAUUCGACUUGAAUUUGACAUAUUCCUAUUUCCUCCGUGUAACCUUUAAAUGGUGUAGGUAAUAAGCUUCAUAAGACAACAUAGUAAAAAAGUUGUCCCACUGAUUAGUUUGACGUCUCAGAUUUCGUCACAAAUUUCAAGUACAAAAUUUGGAUUGGACUCUUAUUAUUAGAUACAUACUAAUAAAUUACUUAAUCCAUCUCAAAUUGUUGAUAAAAUUUAUGUCUUAUUCUUUUCUGUUUGUUAGUUAAUUAUAUAUAAUUUUAUUUAAUUAUAUUACUUUUUAUUUAAUAUAUUACACCUAAAAUUUAUACAAUGUAUGUCUACUGCGAUAUUUAAAAAAGUAAUUUAAAUGUCAAAAUAAUGUCAGAAAUGACACUUACACUAGUUACUUCCUAUUAAAUGUAAUCCGGUCUAUAGAAAUAAAUAAUAGCAAAAUAUAUUCCAUUCUUUAUAAAGUGUCUUAAUUUACAUUAUUUCAUUAUUGUUUGGGGUGAUAGGUCAUUUAAAAUACUAUCUAAGUUAUGUGUGACAAAUAAUUCUCGAUAAAAAUACUAGAAUUCACCUAUUCUGUUGUGGCUGUUAAAAUGUAUGUGAAUCGUAAUUUGUAUGAUGUAUUAUGAGAUCAAUGAUCUCAGAUCAUUGUUCGUAUAAUCGGCGUAAUAUCCCCCGAUGUACAUCCGACUAGAGACAUAUAUAAUUGUUUUAUAUUAUAGAUUUAUUUCAUUGUAAGACUUUUAAAGUAUUGUGAUAUCGUAUUGUAAGAAGUAAUAACCGUUUGAAAAUAAAGUUGUAGAUUA